AUGUCGAGCUUCACUAGCUUCUCCUCCGCGAGCUUCUCGUACAGCUCAAACAUCAACGGCCAGCGCAGCGGCCAGGCGUAUCGCAGGGAAGCCCACAGCACGCCUGAAGGCACCUCCACCAGAACCACCACUCAGAACCUCGGCGAGCCUACCAUCCAAGAAACUCGCCACUACGACGCAAACGGUCGCGAACUGCUCGGCAGCGGCCAGGCCGCAAACAGGCCCGCGAUCCAGCAGUCUGGCGGCGGACGUGUUGAAGAGAUCGAGGAUUCCGAUGCCGAUCGCGCAUACCGGGCAAAGAUGGAGGACGAGUACGCCAAGAGGGAGGGUGGCGCGUAA